GCAGCGGAGUGGCGGUGACGCGCAGCGAUUGGGUGAGCCCGGGAGCUAAAGUGUAUAGAGUAAAAAAAAAAAAGAAAAAGGAGACACGGAUGAGAACAACAACAGCUGCCGCCGAAUGAAGCCAGCUAAAGUCACAGCCUCGCUCCUAUGGCUCAGUCGGUAGAGACUUCGGAUCCUAUUAUGGCUGCAACCUUUACCAUUUCAGACAGCGACACUGAGCCAUCAGAGGAGGUGGAGGAAACAAGAAACAAGGAGCCAAGGAUACGAAACAGUGGGAAAACACAUCGUCGGAUCAGACUGAGCUCGGAGUCUCACGCUUUCACCAGAGAGGAGGAGGCCAGGGGGGAGGAGGAGGUCGGGACCCCCACUGAGGGCUAUCCAUUCAGGGGCCGAUCUAAUUCAGCUCCUCCAGCUCUGUGGGCUGCCAAGAAGUACGGCCGGCAGCUUCGAAGGAUGAGUGAUGAGUUUGUCACCCUGCUUGAUAAAGGGGAGUUGAGGAAGGUGAGCAGCACGGGGACGAACAGACCAAUACGCCAUUCCAAGAGCUGGUGGAGCUACCUCUUCAGUCACCAGGAGAUGGAGGGAGAGAACAGUCACCAUGAAAACCACACGCAAUGCACUGAACAAAGAGGAGAAUAAGAGUUAAACAAGGUUCUGAUAGUGGGGAAAAAACCACGACCACUAAACAAUCUGACCUGUGACUGGAAAAAGGCUUCCAGGUAUAAGGACUUGGUUAAAUAGGACGUUUAUAACUUUUGCUAUAUACUUUUACUUUUUUUUUUUUUUUGGAAGUGUAAGAAGUGAUUUAAACAUGUUUGGCUGUUUUUUUGUGUUUUAGGGAAAGAAAGUCAAAAUCCGGCAAGGCGAGAUGAUAUCCUGAAAAAAAAAAUUAUAUAGAUAUAAUAAUUUUUUUUUAGCCUGGUUAUUGGAUCAGUUUUCUCCUUCUCCACUUCAUGCCCCCUAGCGUAGGAUUGCUGGAUAUCAGGGACAAAUGCAGCUGCAGCGUUAUUACUGAAUGCUUUAGUCUUGACUGCAGUUAACCAACAUGUUCUUCCCUUUUCUUCGUUUUUCCAUCAUCAUCUUGUUCUUCCUGCAGAGCUUUAGCACAUUGGUCACUGAAAUUAAGAGCUAGUGCUGGUGUCAAAAAACAUGUAAAGUCCAUGAAAAGUAUCAAAUCUAUUACCCACAUUCAAAAUAUAUUUGAAUAGUACUUGAAAUUCAUAUUAGAAGUCGAGGAUUGUCACCUUUUAAAUCCAGAUAUUACUUGUUAUCAGGAACAUUGUGCAUUCAUUACCGUUUCAUCCGUAUACCUACAUACCUAUCAGUUUUAUUUAAGUUUUUUUUUUAACAUUGAUUAUAAUUUACUGUGAUGUAUUAUGGAGGUACACGUUCUGAAAAAUACUUAGAAUUCAGGUAAAUUAGUUUUUUUCUGCCCCUAAAGGUUUGCUAUCAUUCCCAAUUUCAAUUGGUUGUGAUUCAAUACCUAAAUUUAACAUUCAGUUGUUAUAAAAUAUGACCUGGAUCAAACCAGAAUAACUCAGCCUUGUUCUGCUGGUCGAUCCUGUUUUUUUUCUUUUCUUUUAUUGUCACAGACACAUCUCACAGUAGAGCAGAGUAUUUUUUUCUGCAGUCAACAGCUGUCAAAGAUGUGAAAAAGAAACCAAAAGACAAGCAAUUAAAGGGCGUACAUUCUUCUUUUAACAAGCUUGUACUCUUGUAGCUCAUGAUAGUAAUAGUCUUUUUUGUUGUCUAAAAUAAGUGGACAUGUAGAAAGAAA